UGGGCAAUUAAUUGAUCUCCCCUGCCCAUUGCCAGACUCAGCAUGCACUGCCAUCCCCUUUCCACACCCAGGAAUACUGUAACUCACCCAGAGCUGCUGUCCUUCAAUGCAUUGCUGCCCAUUCCCUGGCCAAACCAUGUCCCCACCAAGCAGCAGAGAAAUACUGAAUUUUAGGUGAGCCCCCUCUUGGGGAGAGGAAUUAAUCAGAGAUUAUACUCUAGGUGACAUAUUCUCAGCUGGUUUAGAAACCCCAAAAGAUUUUUAGGAAUUUUACACAAGAGCUCCUCAGUCAGCACUGGUGUACAGGUGGCAAUUAGCUUGGCUAGAGGGGAGGAAAAGACGGUGUAAUUUCUUUUUACUGCUCUGAUUGAUUUGCUAAUGAUGCAUUCUUUUCUCUGUGGGGAUGGCAGUGAUCCUUUGGGUCCCACAGGUGCACGGGGUGUGGGCCUGCGUGCGCUCCUGCCCUCCCAGCUGCGUGUGCACCCCGGAGAGGAGCUGCUCCGUGCGCUGUGACCGCGCCGGGCUGGGCCAGAUCCCCAGCCAGUUCCCCUGCGAAGCCUCCUCCAUCAACCUGGAUAAAAACAGCAUCAAGUUCCUGUCCGAGAGGGCCUUCGGGACGCUGCCUUCCCUCAAGUCCCUGUCUCUCAACCACAACAACAUCUCCUUCAUCACGCCGGGCGCGUUCAAGGGGCUGCCCAGCCUGACGGAGCUGAAGAUGGCCCACAACGAGUACAUCCGCUACCUGCACACUCGCACCUUCACCGCGCUCCGGCGCCUCGUCAGGCUGGACCUGGCCGACUGCAACCUCUUCAACAUCCCAGACAGGAUCUUCAUCGAGCUGCCUGCUCUGCAGGAGCUGUUCUGCUUCCAGAACAACUUCCGGAGGAUCCCGGGUGCCAUCAGGGGCAUGGAGAACUUGACCCAUGUGUACCUGGAGAGAAAUAGGAUCGAAGCGGUGGCCUAUAACUCCCUGCAGGGCCUGACCAAGCUGAAAUACCUGAAUCUGCAGGACAACAAGAUAAAUGUCAUCCACGAGCGAGCUUUUCAGGGCUGUCAGAGGAUGGAGUACCUGUACCUGAAUGACAACUUGAUUGCUGAGCUUCCAGAAAACUCCUUUGAUGGCCUGAGGCGCCUGAAGAUGCUCAACCUGGGGGGGAAUUUUCUCAGGAACAUUUCCAACACCUGGUUCCGGGACUUGGGAGAACUGGAGUUCCUCUACCUGGACCGCAACAGGAUCAGCUACAUCGAGGAAGGGGCUUUUGAGAACCUCACCAGCCUGGUGGCGCUGCACCUGAACAGCAACAACCUGACGACGCUGCCCUUCUCCGUGUUCGAGCCCGUGUACUUCCUGGGCCGGCUGUACCUCUUCCGCAACCCCUGGGAGUGCGACUGCCGCCUCGAGUGGCUCAAGGAGUGGAUGGAGAACUACAGGCUGGUCAGGGACAUUCCGUGUGCCUCCCCCUCCUCGGUGGCUGGCAUCGAUCUGACGGACGUGCUCUUCGAGAGGUCCCCCGAAGGUUUCUGCCUCGACCCCGAGGAGCUGAACGUCACAUCCGAGCGGCCGACGCCCAGCGAGGAGCCUUGGUCCACCACAGAGAGCAAGUUCAACAGCCUUAUCUCCAAACUGCUGCUCCAGAUGGGCCUUCCCGAAGAGGUGGCAAAUGCCACUGAAGUGUACAGUAACAGCACGCAGCCCGACGGACAGACUGAGGGGGUUUCUUCCGGCGUGGGGGAAGAGAGGAGCGAGGCUGACUCCUGUUCCCUGCACCUGCCUGCACUUUUGGCAGUGAUUGUUCUGCUGUGCAAAUAGUCCAAGGGCUGGAUGGAGCAGGGGCUCUGCUCAAGUGUUUAGACCCUGCGCCUACUAAGUCAUCAGUGAAAAGUUUUAUUGUGGGCCUCUGAUAUGUAAAGGGCUCCAAAUUCUUCCAGGUUGGGUUUGUUGGAUCUGGCUCCAGAUUCCCCUGGGAGCUGGUGAGAUCUGGGUCCCACUCUGGGUGACAAACCUGCCCUCUGUGUGUCCCAGAGCCUCCUGGCUACUCACAGGGAGAUGAGCAGCACAAAGGUUGAAUUUUGCCUCGAGAUGUGUGAUGUUCUGCUGGGAAAGGGGGGAAGAGGGGUCUGUCUGUGGGGUCUUGGUUCCAUCGGGCCAGCAAGAGAGCAAGAGGUUCCAUGGUGACUCAGCUUCAUGACAGCAAGAUGAGGCUGCAGAACCGGCCCCUCCUCGUGUCCUGACAGACACCCACACCCACGGCAGGUGCUGCUGAACAACAGGAAACGAUUCCUGAUUUCCCCCAGUGGGUGGAAAUCCCUCCCACAGCAGGAGGGAGCAGGGCAGUCCUGGGCAGCAUCCAGGGAUGCAGCGCUAGGCCUCAUGGAAACAUCCAGGAAACAUGUACAGGCCUCGUGGAAAGAAGGAAAAUGCCCGGGGGGAGCACCUGCCCCAGGCAGAUCUGGGAUGGGCACAGUAUUUUGGCUGUGACCACAGGCAGGAUUUUGAUCCUUUCUCCCCCCCUGUUAUCCUGGUACUGGUGCAGGAGAACCAGAUGAACCCAUGUGUGUCCAAACAUUCUUCUCUGAGGCAAAGCUACCUAAACUUAACCUACUUAUUCCUAUAAUUUCAAUGUGUUUAAUUUUUCAGUGAAUAUAUUAUUUCAAGGAAUAAAUUUUUUUAUUUGUAGAUUGUUUUCAUGGCAUGGCAGAAGGGGCAGAGCAUGGUGAUGGCAAAUGCAACCAGGGCUUAUGAAAUAUUUUGUAUUUCCACCACUAAAAUGUACCAUGUAGUGUUUCAUAUUAUGCCAUAUUGAUAAUUUUCUUUUAUACGGCAUCUUACGUGUUUUAUCUUUGA